GUGGUGGGGGCGGAGAGCCGCCUGCGCACCUCAGGGCUGACAGCACACACGGCCUGGGGGCCUAGAGAAAGGUUGCUGAUCACCCGCCGCCCAGGGCCGGGGCCCCGCACCAUCCGGCGGCGAGCUCCCGAGAAGGGGCUCCCCCUCUCCACCCACCCACCCCCACCUCUGAGAUCGCCUAGCGAACGCGAGCUGCUGCCUUCUUCCCGGCCCCGCUGCACCUCCCCGGGGAGCCGAGGGCGGGCGUGGACGGGACCGACGUGGAACGCAUUCUGUAGCCCAGACGGGCUGUCCCUGCGGCUUCGGGCGUGGAGACACGCCCAGCUGGAGAGGCGGUCAGGGCGGACCAAGCCGGAGCCGCGGGGCUCUGAGGGUCCCAGUUGGAGCGCAGCCGAUCCUGGGGAGGCGAGAGGUGAAUCGACCUGGACCCUUCGACAGCCCGGUUGCUAGGCCAGCAGCGCGACUCCCUUCCGAGCUGAGCUUGCCCUGCGCGCAAACUAGCGAGGCUGGGGCGCCCGUGGAAGCAAGAGUUCCGGGGUGGGCGGGGAGGCGACUGUCCGUGGUGCUGAGCGCCGGCGAGAGCGGGCGCGGAGAGGCUGAUCAGCUCCCUCGAAUUGGGGAGGUCCGCUGGGGUGGCUUCGGGCCCAGAACCGCCGCCCGGCUCCAAAAGUCCCCGGGGCCUCCCCAGGCACCGGUGCUAGGCCCUUCUUUGGGUCAGAAAGUCGCCCCCUGGGGGCAGUUCGUCCCAAAGGGUUUCCUCGAAAGAAUCUGAGAGGGCGCAGGCCUUGACCGAAGGAAUCUCUCUGUGUAGCCUCAGAAGCCGCCAGCCCCAGAAGAUGCCUGCCUUCAACAGAUUGUUUCCCCUGGCUUCUCUCGUGCUCAUCUACUGGGGAAAGAACUCUGUCAGUAGAUGAGUAGGCUGACCAUUAACAGUGGACUAGUUUCUAAAUGUCAUCAGUGUCUGCUUCCCUGUGUGUGUGGAAGUGCCCUCGGAGACGGAGGCCGUGCAGGGCAACCCCAUGAAGCUGCGCUGCAUCUCCUGCAUGAAGAGAGAGGAGGUGGAGGCCACCACGGUGGUGGAAUGGUUCUACAGGCCCGAGGGCGGUAAAGAUUUCCUUAUCUAUGAGUAUCGGAACGGCCACCAGGAGGUGGAGAGCCCCUUUCAGGGGCGUCUGCAGUGGAAUGGAAGCAAGGACCUGCAGGACGUGUCCAUCACUGUGCUCAACGUCACUCUGAAUGACUCUGGCCUCUACACCUGCAAUGUGUCCCGGGAGUUUGAGUUUGAGGCGCAUCGGCCCUUUGUGAAGACGACGCGGCUUAUCCCCCUAAGAGUCACCGAGGAGGCCGGAGAGGACUUCACGUCUGUGGUCUCAGAAAUCAUGAUGUACAUCCUUCUGGUCUUCCUCACCUUGUGGCUGCUCAUUGAGAUGAUAUAUUGCUACAGAAAGGUCUCAAAGGCUGAAGAGGCAGCCCAAGAAAACGCGUCUGACUACCUUGCCAUCCCAUCUGAGAACAAGGAGAACUCUGCGGUACCAGUGGAGGAAUAGAACAGGAGUGGUGUGACAUGAGGUGGCCUGAACACCUGAGGGACUGGACAUCCCGUGUUCAGCAAUGUCAACAGCAUCAGGAGGGUGCCCCAAGGGCCUCGUCGCUUUCCUUCAUGCAUCCAUCCUUCUAUUCAUUCAUCCAUACAUCCACCUGCCUCUGAGCUUUCACCUCUGAUUUCGUAACUCCAUCAGACCCCUAUGCACCAUGAGACUUUGCCAGAACGGAGAAGCCAACAUUUCUUCAUAGACUCAACCUCACCCUGUCGUAGUUUUCCAACAAGACACUCCAAAGCCAACUGGAUUUCUCCCCUGUGCUCCAAAUGACUUUGUACAAGUGCUGGUGUCAGCACCUCCCUCUGCCCUUAACUGGCUGGAACGGGUUCAUUCUCCAUUACUGUAAGAGAAAGGAUGUCUUAAUAGAAGGAAGCAGGUGUGAUUAGUUCAGGUUAAAGCAAAAGUAUGUCGUGAACUUGGAUUCCUUGAAGUUAGUUUUUUCAAGUUCAUGGCCCACUUUGCUACAGCAUCAGAGCGAAGCAUGCCUCCCUAGGUUCUCCAGUGACAGAUCCUGAAGCAUGGACUAGCAUGCUCUCUGGAGCUCAGCACUCCAGGGCUAGAUCCUGAUGGGUCUCUAAGGUCCCUCCAAGACGACAAGGACAGGUGGCUUGGGAAGGACCAAUGGUAAUUUAAGUGGCUCUUAAAAAGUCAUGCAACAUGAACGUGUUCCUGAUCCUAUUGCGAUAAUAUAUGUAUGCCCUCCUUAUGAGCACACCACUUGGGCAUUAGGACUGAAAUUCCUAAGUUCUUCCUCUCAAAAUUUCUGUGCAUCAGUAUUAUUCCCAUUUUACAUAAAGGAGGCAACUAAGACUCCUACAGGACUCAAUCGAGUAAGAGGCUUAAAAGGAUAAACUGGAGCAGAAAUAAGCCUUAGGUGCUGCCCAGUUUACACUUCCUGGGAUGAUUAUUUUUGCGGGGAGGGGACAGAGUCUUGCUCUGUCACCUAGGCUAGAGUGCAGUGGUGCGAUCUUGGCUCACUGCAACCUCUGCUUCUUGGAUUCAAGUGAUUCUUGUGCCUCGGCCUCUCAAGUAGCUGGGAUUACAGGCACACACCACCACGCCUUGCUAAAUUUUGUAUUUUUGGUACAGACAAGGUUUUGCUAUGUUGGCCAGGCUGGUCUCCAACUCCUGACCUCAAAUGACCCACCCACCUCAACCUCUCAAAGUGCUGGGAUUGCAGGCAUGAGCCACUGCACCCAGUCGAUAACUUUGUUUUUGAAGACUCUGACAUUGAACUUGUCUAUGGCAAUGCUUCUUUCACAAGCACAGACUGGGGUCAACUCUGAUAGAUUGAGGUUACUAGAAAUUGGCCAAAAAAGCAGAGAGAAGAACACGAGGUAGACUUAAAGAACUUCCUUUAUGUAAAGAUUUGUGAAUCUGAAAUAUCCUCCAGAAGGAGAGUGCACCUGAGAAUGAUAUUUAAACUAAGAAAAAUGUUUAGUCUGAGACGGAAGAUAAGCGAAUGAGUGAUGUGAGAGGUGAGGGAUGGGUAGGUGGCUUCCAAAUACUUCACCUAUGAACGCAUAAUUUUCAGAUAUUUUUCCUCUAGAUUUUGAGGGAGCAGAGAAGCUGGAAAAAAUUUUAGUCAGUAUCUCAUGUUUCAUUUUAAUUGAGUGACAGGUCCAAGAGUGACAUCCUUCGGCACCUAGGGACAAGAGAGGGGAAAGAUGCUUUAUGGAAUGUAAGAAGAUGAAGGUGACUGGGAUUCAGUGAGAGGUCCUUCAGACCUGGGUCCCCCCUUAAUAGGGAAAGAGCAUAUUCCAUUGGUUUAAGGCUUUACCUUAAAAGCUUAUUUUUUUUUUCAUUCUUCCAUUCCUAGGAAAGUACUUAAAACUAGUAUUUUUUUCUUUUUUUUUAGACAGGGUCUCACUCUGUCUUCCAGGCUAGAGUGCAGCGGCGCAAUCUCAGCUCACUGCAGCCUCAACUUCCCCAGGUUUAAGCAACCCUCCCACCUCAGCCCCCCAGGUAACUGGGACUACAGGUGUACACCACCACACUUGGCUAAUUUUUGUAUUUUUUAUAGAGAUGGGGGUCUUGCCAUGUUGCCCAGGCUGAUCUUGAACUCCCGGGCUCAAGCAAUCCACCAGCCUCAGCCUCCCAAAGUGCUGGGAUUGCAGGUGUAAGCCACUGUGCCCAGCCCAAAACCAGACCCUUGACACUAAUGUGAGAGUCUGAUUUUGUUGAAGGAAAUAUUUGCAAUAAAUUCAAGACUCUUCUUAUUGGUAAUUUUCCAUACCAUCUCUCUGAAAUAGGAGAGAGAAUAUAGGCCUGUUUUUAACUAGAGUUAGGAAAAUUGACCUGAGUUGGUGUGAAUUUUUUCCAGUCCCAUAGCUCACAGAUACCACGGCUUGCAGCACUGGCAAUAUGCUUACCCCCGCUCCGUUCUCCUCUGUGGUCCAAUAGCUCAUGUAUCUAAGUUGAACCAGCCAGUAUGCAUGAUUGCCUUUUUCUCUUCUUUUUUAAAAACCCAACUUGGAUGCUGCUUGCAUGACCUUUAAUGAAGCUGAAUGAUGCCUAUCACUUAUUUAUCCAUGACAGGUUAUCUUCCCUACUCUUUCUUUUCCUAACUUCUCCACUCUUCUCAUUCUUGACAAUUUCAUUGGAACUAUAUAGUUUACAAAGUAUUCACUUAACUAUUUUAUUUCUUCUUUUUCACUAGUCCUGUGAGGUCAAUAUUAUUAAUGCUUACAUUACAAAAGAAGAAACUGAUGCUCUCUGAGUUUAAGUAGCUUUACUAAAUUAUAAGGAAACCUAGCUGGUAGGUAGACAGCAAGAACCCAGAUCUUCCGACUCCUUUUUCAGUUCUCCUUCCCGUUAGACCAUAGCUUCUUCCUUUUCUUAUUUUUUAGCUCCCAUCUCACCAUUGCCUAUCUUGCCUGUCCUAAUGUUCUCCAUCUUCUCUCACCCAUCAUCCCACUCACUGCUUCUCUACCACUUUGCGUUUUGGUGGAUGCUAGCAAUGUGUUUUGAGAGUCGGUCCUAUUUUGGUUCUCUUUCUAGUUGGUUUGUAUAUCAUUUCUCCUGAAUUGCAAUUAAAUUCCCUCCUGGGAGACUUGAUCAUGACUAUAAAUCUACAAGGUACUGUGAUCACCAGCCUACUUCCAAUCUCCACCCACCUCCCCGUCUCUUCCCGUAAUCCUACGAAAGACCCAGACUAGAUAUGUAUUUCUCUGGAAGCUUUAUCGGGCAUGAUGUUGCUUGUUAAAGGGCUUAGAAGAGUUCUCAAGGGCUAUUACUAUCACUUUAGAAACCCCAUCUGUUGUCUUGGUGCUGGAUAUUUCCCAUGUCUCAUCCUCAGUGACACAAUUCACUAACGGCCAAGCUUGGCUCAGUCUGAUUUUCCCGUUCUUACUGCUUCACAGCCAUGAAUGUGAUUCCUCGAUCCAGUUGGCCCUGAGAGCACCUUUCCCUGCUGACCUUCACUGUCACCUCAUUUUUGUAUCAGAGCCCCAACCCAAACACUCCGUGCCUGUCCCUACCCCAGCCUUUAUUCUCACCACUUGUUUGACAGCAAGCUCCUUUAGUUUCUCCAUUCCCAAACACCCACACACCCAGACUCCCUUCUGAGUUUCAAGUUUCUCCUUAGAUGUCCAACUAGAAAUAUUACUAGGAAAGUUACUUUUCAAAGCAAGAAUAUGCUGCGAAGUGUGUAGAGCAGUGCAUGGUUAAGAGACAGCAGCUUCCUCCUCUCCUCCCAAAAUUACUGGAUCAAGAAAGAAAUUUUACACAUCUCAGAGGGAAAAGGCUGUGCAACUGCAUCUUUGUAGGAAGAAAGAGAAGCAAGAGCUAGACACACUUCAGAAUAUAUCUUAGUUUCUCCUUUCCCAGUUUAACAUGAAAAUGAAAACAACAAAAGAAGCCUUCCUCUCACCUCACUUUGUAAUAAAAAAUCCCCAAUCCAGUGAAUUCGCCUAGUCACUGCAAAUGUAGCUGAAUAGUGCUUGGUGUGCUUGCCAACCUGAUCAUCCACUUGCUGUACGAACAUCUUUUGGCACCCACUCUGUCAAGUGCUAGUCUAGACCGUUAGUGUGCCAUGCGGUCAUAGAUCUGAAAAACAGCAUCAUCCAAACCUUACUUAAUCUCUAAGAUCUCAGCUGGUGGACAGUUCAUGAUUAGCUCAGCCCAAUUCCUACCCCUUAGUUGAGUUUGCAGGAGGACGCAGGAGAUUAAGCACUUCCAAGCAAGUCUGAUUUAUACAUCAAACUCGGCCUCCAUCCCAGGCCAGCUAACCCUCAGAGCCAGCAGUGCUCUAUGCUUCCUCCCUGUGUCACUGCGUGGCAAGAGCUUCCUCUGCUGGGCAGUGUGUGUGAUGGAGAGGGAGGCCGCUGAAGGCUGAGUGUUUUCAGGCUUGUGAACCCCCAUCGAACACAAUCUGCAAACUCUUAGUCUUGCAACAGAUGGAACUAUUUUCCAUGUUAUCAUCUUCAUAUUGCCUUUUCUUGAUUUUCCACAGCCAAUCUUUUUCCAAACUUGAGAAAUGUUCCUGACCAUCUAAGCCCUCAACAAUGUAAUGCCUGUAUGUGGUGUUUUUCAGUAAACUCCUUGUUCAUGUCAAUAAAGUACCC